AUGGCGCACGAAGGUGGUUCUAGUGGAAAACUUCCAAGUGAUAAUAUUGGUUGGAAAUUUGGAAUUCCACUAGAAAAUAAUAGGCAUAAAAUUAGGUGCAAAUUUUGUGGAAAAGAGCUAAAUGGUGGUAUAACUAGGUUGAAGCAACAUUUGGCCCAUAUGAAAGGUCAAGUCGCAUCUUGUGCUAAUGUCAGUGGUGAAGUUCGAACACUAAUGAUGGAUCAUUUGAAUAAUUAUAAGGGCAAAAAGCUUGACAAAAGGAAGAUGAAUGAGGAAUUGACAGAACAAAUUAGAGCCAGUCAGUGUGAUGAUGAUGAAAAUGAUAAGGACGACUUAGAAAUGGUUAUGGCCCGACAAAAUAGGGCUAGUGAUAUUGAGGUUGCACCACCUCCUGGUUUUGCUCGGCGAAGUCAUAGUGUUUGUGAGACUAGUAUAGGUAGGAAAUGGAUUGAUACAUCCUCUCCAGAAGUUCAAUUAUUAGACAUAGAUGUGGAUCUUCAUAGGACCAAAGUGCCUACUAAUGUUGUUAAUUCUAAAUGGCUAGAACCAAUGUUGCAUACUAUAAGAGAGGUUGGAAGAGAAACAAAGCUACCUACUUCUUAUGAAGUAACUGAAGUGUAUUUACCAAUGGAGUAUGAAGCUUUACAAAAUUGGAUAAAAUCUCAUAAAUCUAGUUGGGCUGAGAGAGGUGUUACAAUUAUGUGUGAUGGAUGGACAGCUGAUUAUUACUUGGGCCUCAUGGACAAGGUAGUGGAUGAAAUUGGAGAAGAAUAUGUUGUGCAAAUCGUAACUGAUAACGAAGCUACGAUAAAGGUUGUUGGUUACAAACUCAUGCAAAAAAAGGAGAAUCUGUAUUGGACAGGAUGUGCUGCUCAUUGUAUUGAUCUUAUGUUAGAGGAUAUUGGGAAGAAAAAAAGUGUAGCAAAGGUGUUGGAUUGUGCAAAAGAAAGCAUUGUUAAACAUAAGACUGCUUUACAGGAUAUGUUUCAUUCUCCAGAGUGGAAGCACAGCAAAUGGUCCAAAAAGGAUGAUGCAAAAGAAGCGAAACAAAUUAUACAAAGUAAAGAUUUUUGGACCAAUGCGGCAGAUGUAUUAAAAGUUCAAGAACCACUUCUAAAGGUACUUAGACUUGUAGAUGGGGAUGAAAAGCCCACAAUGGGUUUUAUAUAUGAAGCCAUGGAUAGAGCAAAGUUGGCCAUCAAACAAAAUUGUCGCUAUUAUAUAGAUUAUUGGAAGAUUAUUGAUAAUCGAUGGGCUUUCCAACUACACACGGACUUGCAUGCUGCUGGUUAUUUUUUAAAUCCCAUAUUCCAGUAUGGGGAGCACCUUUCUAAUCAUCGAGAAGUGAUGAGUGGAGUUAGAAAUAUCUCUUUAUUUUAUAAUAAAGAAGAUUCUUUUGGUGCUGUGUUAGCACAAAGAGCAGUGAAAGCAACAAAUCCUGCUGAAUGGUGGAUCCAUUAUGGUACAUCGGCUCCGGCACUCCAAAAAGUGGUUGUGAGAGUAUUGAGCCAAACCACGUCUUCUUCUAAUUGUGAGCACAAUUGGAGUACAUUUAGCCUGAUACAUACAAAGACAAGGAAUCGGUUGAAGUAUAAAAAAUUAAAUAAACUUGUUUAUGUGUAUUACAAUAUGAGGCUAAAGGUCAGACAUGCAACACGAAAAAGCCAAGAUGAUAGAGAGGAAUCUUUUAACCCCAUCAAUCUUGACUACAUAUUUGAAGAAGAUGAUCUAUUAACUCCAUGGCUUCAAGAGAGAGAGCAUGCAGUCUUGGAUGAUGAAGAUAACUCAGUAGCCAAGUACCUCAACACCAUCAAAGAGCAAGGUCUACUGGAAGUGGCUCUUUUGAGUCCACCUAGUGGUAGUGGAGAUGAUAGUGAUGGCAGUCGUCCUCCAACAGGUGGUGGUAGCGGUGGACAAUGGGAGUCUGCAGGUUCUGCACAUGGUUGUAGACGCAGUACUCAUCAUAUUGAUCAUGAUUGGAACAGGGAUUCUACACAACAACGACGACAUUCUAUUUCCACUCCUGAUGUAGAAGCAUCAAUUGGGCGUUCACGACAUAUUGAUGAUAUUUAUGGUCAUCGUGACCUUAGAAAUCAAUUUGGACAUCUCAGAGUUAGACAAGAAGAUGGAAGGGGAACUCAACAUUGA